UACAAAUCCAUAAGCAUUUCUCUACUCUCAACAGUUCUCUAGCUUCCAACAUUUUCAAAGCUUAAUUAGCCACAUUCCAAGCUUGAGUUUGAGAAAUCAAACUACUCCUAAAGUUCAAACGAAGAUGGAGAAGGUAAUGAGAUUGGCCUCAGAAAAGGGAGUUGUGAUGUUUAGUAAGAGCUCAUCUUGCAUGUGCUAUACGGUCGAGACUCUUUUCCAUGAACUUUGUGUGAAUCCCAUUGUUCACGAGCUCGACCAUGACCCUGAAGGAAGGGAAAUGGAGAGGGCACUCAUGAGGAUGGGUUGCAGUGCACCUGUGCCCGCGGUCUUCAUCGAUGGUAAGUUGAUGGGAUCGACGAAUGAAAUUAUGUCCCUUCACCUUAAUGGCACUCUUGCUCGGUUGAUCAGACCAUAUCAAGUUAUGUCCUAAAUGGUUGUUGCGGCUCUAAUACCA